UGAUUCCAAAAAUGUGAUACAAAAUGUAAAGUCCUAAAACGUUACUUAUUUAGAUAAUAAUAUAAUGAAAGUUAUAUAUAAAUCAUGAAGUAAUUCAAGAACAACAUGGCAAAUAACACAAAUCCGGAAGUGGCUAAGGAAAACAGAUUUUUUGACUUUUUACCUAAAAUGUUACGUCCUCCAGUCAGGCGAAUAGAACAGAAACCACCUAUCAUAGGCUACUACGAGUUUACCCAAGAGGAGAUCAGAACUCUUCAGGAGUGCGACAGGGAGAGCUUCUAUGGCCGAUGUCUGCCGCUGAGCACACUGUUCGCGACCCUCACUUAUAUCGCUGUCAAAAACGGUCAUUUGAAACCGAAUGCCAGGUUUGGGGCAUAUCCCAAAGUGUCUCUGGCGGUGAUAGUUGGAUAUUUCAUCGGCAAGAUCUCCUACCAGCAAGCUUGUGCGGAAAAGCUGAUGGCGCUACCCAACAGCUACCUGGGACAACUGUUGAGGGACAGGCGUGAUGGUAGAGUGGGAACACCCCAAUCGCCGAAAUUCCCCCACAAGUCAACUCUGGGCAUCACAUCAGAUGAUAUUUACUCUGACGCUGGCCCCGGAAAUGCUCUGGACUUGGACACUGACCGGCCCCAAUUCAGUGAUGAUGCAUACAGAUCUGGAGACAUCGGCCUACUACCGCCAUUGCAGGACGACAGGCUUGGACAGCCGUCGUUGUCAUACGAUGAGUUGCGGAAGAGGAACCGUGGUGAAUACUCUGAAGCGAGAAAAGAUCCUUACAAAGUGGAACCAGGUCAGUUCCCUACGGUGCGCCGUCCCCCGCCCGCUUCCCCGCCCUCCACCUCGACUAACAAGUAUGGCGACGCCAUGGAGUAGUCCACGAAUAUUAGCUAGUUCAUGAAUUAAUAAAACCUGCAAACACCCAGUAUCCUUUUUCGUCGAUGACAGAUAUGUCAAACAAUUAAGAAUAAGGUAAAACACCCAGUCAUUGCCACAUGAGUUUAUUUAGACAAUCCUAUUAUUGUACGUCAGUAUAUUAGUUUAAUAUAAUAUUAUAAUUAUUGGUACAUUUUAAAUGGCAAAAAUCUAUUAUAGUCAUCCUAGCCAAUAUAAUAGGAUGAGUGCCAAUGAUUGGGUAGCUUGCCCUAUCUAUUAUUUUUUCGCUUAGCAAUUGUUUUAGCUAAUGCCUUGUGCAAAUAACGACAGCAUAGCAGUUUUAAAUUAUUAAAAUAUGAGCAUUUCUAAUAGGUGUUAUCUUACAAAAAUGCUUUAAACCAAUUGUAUAGGAAUUAAAAGACAAUUAAUUGGUUUAUAGCAUAAAAUAAAUUAAAUUAAAAUGUUGUAAUAACGUAAGCGAUUUCAACUUUGUGACUAAAACUAAACUACCUAAGUAUUUUAAUCAAGAAUGAAUUCGGUUUUCCUAAAUUAUGUAAAUAUUCUUAUGCCUUCAUUUUUCUGUACCCCUUUUUUACAAUACUGUAAUUUACCUCUUAUUUUGUUAAAAUUUAUAAGCAUUUAAACAGACAGUAC